UUUUUUGAAUAGCGCGUGGAUGGAGCGCUGAGGAAACGCUCGGUUUAAAAAAAAAAAAAAGUGCGAACGCCACACUGUGAUUCACCAGCAGACUGACUGACGUCUCUCCGGUGUUGCACAGCAAGUCCCGCAGCUCUCCGCUUGCUUAUUUUGCACACUGGAGUCGAGCCGAGCAGUCGACAGACGCCGCAGCAACACACACGGAAAAGAAAGAAGGACGGGGAGAAGUUGAGCAACGGCGGGCGCUAGUUUGCGGCAUGUUCAACCUGCGGCAGCCUCCGUUUCAAAACACCGACCCAGCAACUGUUUGAUUGCUUCCCCCCACCCCUCGCUGGCUUUAUUCCCUGCGCCUUUUCUUGCCCUCUACAGCUCAUGUAAAGAAAGCUCUCGGCAGCGCAAUGAUGUGGACCUCUCAUGAUACCGCUGGAUUUAUUUUCUUGGCUGGGUUUUGUGUGCAUUUCGGAUUCUCCUUUGAAGGUCGCUUCACUGAUCUACCCUCUAACAUGACUGUGAAAGAGGGACAAAACAUAGAGAUGGCGUGCGCGUUCCAGAGCGGAACCACGUCAGUUUAUUUGGAGAUCCAGUGGUGGUUCGUGAAAGCGCCGGAACCCACUGAGGCCGUGGACGAUGUGGAUACCGAAGAGAUGGAGAUAACACCGGAGCCUCAUCCCGAUGACGAGGGGACAAAAAUAAGUACAGUCAAAGUGCAGGGCAACGAUAUCUCCCACAAGCUCCAGAUCUCCAGAGUCGGCAAGAGUGACGAGGGCUUGUACGAGUGCCGUGUGACACAAGCCAACUACGGAGAGAUUGUGGAUUACAAAGCCCAAGCUUGGCUGAGGGUCAAUGCCUCCGCCAGAGCCAGACGUCCAUUGCAGCCCCCCAAGAAAAGCUCUCCUCUGCACCUGACAGACAAGAAACCGAGAAAGUCCGUCUCAUCUUUGGGUCACGACAGCAUGAGCUCAGAUCAGAAGGUGGACUCCUCGUCUUCUUCUCACACGUCCUCUAAUACGGAUGAACACACCCCCAGCUCAGGUACAAGAAUAUCAGCCUGCUACCGACUUGUUGUCAUCCUUCUGGCUUACGGUUUGGUGAGGGAGGCCUUGUUAUAAAAUGCAGAGGGGAUACGUAUGAGGAACUGACUCGGUUGAAACCAGAUCUCACAUUCUCUCUGUUUGCUCUUAAAGUGAACAAGAGAUUUGCUUGUUUUAUGUCCUCCUCCAACACCACCAUGCGGACUUCACAGUAUAGCCUCAUUUCCCAGCCACUACAAGCUCUUGCACGGAGCACAUUAUUAUUAUUAGCCACUAGAAAAAAUAGAUCUAUAUCUGCCUCCUUAGAAUCAAAUGGAUUGAUUACCUUUGGUACAAAGGUCAUCUUUAAAAUCACCCAAGGUGCAAUGCUCCAAUGUGAAAAUGGACUCCUGUUAGAUAACUCACAUGGAGGAAUCACUUUCUUAUGGUUUCGCUGUUCCGGGCUCAUGUGUUCAUUGGUGAAAAUGAACAAGGAAAAAUAAGAAUCUAUAUUUGUGUUAUAAAUAUAUAUAUAUAUGAAAUUAUAUAUAUACAUUGUUUUAUUUUAAACACCUAGAGUUAAUGUUUGUGCCGUAAACGUAGCUCACACUGACACCUGAUGGUUCCUGCCUUUCAUUGUGAAUAGGCCCCUUUCAACAACUUAAAAAAAAAAAGAUCAAGCGACUUUCAUUUUUGACUGUUACCAUUCGCCUUCAUUUAUUUCAUUUGUCUUUAAGCUGUUCAAAUGAUCUCGUGCGCAUACAUUUACAUCUCGUUUGUGAUACAAAUGUGCAUGCUUGUUGAUCAAGGCCUAAAAGGGGAGGAGUGCAACGACAUUAUUUGAACAUGAGUCAGCACUUGGCGUUCAGUGUUUCAGUAUUUGAGAUUUAGCUUUAUUUCGAUGUGCUAGCUUUGAUGUGACAAAAAAAAAAAUUACGAAAACAUGUCUUUGCCAUUUUUAUUUGUAUUGCACCCUCUGAAUGAAUAAAAUGGAUGUCACAAUUCAUGAAUAAUUCCCAGUAUGUGACCACUGAAGAAUUCAUUUAAACUGACCAAGACGUUUAUUGUCCAAGGAACGUUUUUGAAAUUGCUUGCCUUCCUGUGUGAUAGAUAUCUCAUUACAAAGAUAAUUUGACUAUUUGGCCAGAGGGGAUAAUGGGGUUCCGCCAACUUUGCAUUUUGCUGACACACACCUUGCAUAAUAAAACGCUGCGUUUCUGAGUGAGUUAUGACAGAGAGUCUCUUGAGCAAAUAUGUUGUUUGGGAGGCGAAACUACUUUAUGUAAGAUCUAAAAAGUAAUAAACAUCCAUGCAGAGCAUUUAUUAACUAAUUGCUUCGACAAUCUCACGCUGAAAGGCAAAACUGGCUUGACGCCAGGUACAGACAGUGAUGUCGCUGCAUUACAGACUACUUUCUCAUGACGUCAGACCACUUCCGCUUUGUCUCUUCCAGAGGUCAUUGUCAUAUCUGCUAUGAGUCUUCACUAAUGGAAUAAGAUGAAAACAAAUAAAUCACAGUGUGCGACUCCUUAUUAGUCACAAACAGCCAUCUUUCAUUUUGUGUCGCGGGUUGCCUCACUUCAUUCGGAUCGUGGGUGAGCUGGAUCCUAUCGCAGCUGACUUUGAGAGGCGGGGUACGACCUGGAAAGGUCUCCAGCCAAUUACAGGGCACGUAAAAGAAAAAAAAAAAAACAUUCACACCUAUGGACAACUUUGAGUCAGCAUUUAACCCUCAAGAUGCAUGUUUUUAAAAGUAUCCACAAAAAAGCAUUGACAUAGAUGACAUAUGGGAAAAUGCGGAGGGACCCAACUGAGUGUUUUGUUUUGUUUUUCCAAGUUGCCUGUAUUCGAAUGUAUCCGUAAUCAAGCCGAUCAGAUUUUUGUCUGACGACCGUGACGUUCCACAUUGCCAUCCAACAUGUUCAUCUAAUGGGCAUGUUUGUAAAGUCGGGACACUGUAUUUCAGAUACAGUAGUCAACAGCACCGGAGUCCCACAGGGAACAAUCCCCGUCCCAUUCCUCUUCAUCUUGUACAUUUCAUGUCGAGCUCAGGCUGCUGCCGCCGGCAGAAGCUCUGUGACAGCUGCUUUGUCAGCCAUGUCAGGGAUGACGAUUCUGAGACAGAGGACCAAAUUCACGGAACCGCUCAACAUCAACACAGAGAAGAUGAAGGAGACAGUAAUGAAAACAGCCUCCCCACUUGCAAAUAAUGAACAUCCAGGGAAAGGACGUACUUUCCAGCAAGUGGAUCUUACAGCGAA